GGAGGAAAAGGAAGAAGAGAAGGAGAAGGUGACGCUGAAGACGAAGAAAGUGGAGAGGGGUGAGUGUCUGCGAGCAUAGUGGGGAGGACAAGGUAGAAGGAACGAGGAGAAAAGGCGGCUGUGGUAGGGGAAACGGCGAGAGUAGAGUAGAGAAGCAGAGGCAGAGCGCGCUGAGCCACGAGGGGCUAUUCGAGCGAGAAGGGGAGGGGUGACAAGGAACCCUGGCGGAGAGGGGACGCGGAGGCCUUCGGGGGGCCGACCAACCAGACGGCCGAUGAUGUCAUCGGGGGAGGAGACCGAGUAUUUCGCCCCCUACGGAGCAACUACGGAAAGCAAGCAACAGCGACUCCAGAAGAAGCAGAAGCGCACCAGACAGCGCGUGGACGCCGGCGAGCCGCGCAACAACUACUCGAGUAUACCGCACUUCACCUCCCGGCCAUCCUUCCACAGCGGUGAUCUGUACGGUUCUAUCUUCGGUGGCAGCGGACCAACACAUCAGCCACAACAGCAACAGCAACCACCGCAGCAACCACCGCAGCCACAUCACCAGUCGCAGCAGCAACAACAACAACACCAGCUCCAGCAACAACAAGCUGGAGCGGCAAGCAGUCAAGGUCAUUUAGGUCCUAGCGCUCAGCAGCAUUCCGCCCACGCGGCUUUCGGCUUCUUCGGGGCACCGGGUUACGGCCCCGCCAAGAUGUUGAACGAGCUACUCGGACGACAGGUCAAACAGGCCAGUGACGCCGGUGGCUCACCGCCAGAGGGCGGCCACGGGAUGACUGGUGCCGGCAUGGACCCCGCUGCUAAUUUGCAAUCCGGUGCUGUAGUUAAUUGCGACGAUCCCGCCACCGCCGAACUCACGCAGCACAUGCUUCGUGAUAUACUCCAAGGGCGGAAAAUCUCCGCGCUACCGAUACAGGAGCAGCCAAACAACAAUAACAGUAUACAUAGCAACAACAACAACACCACAGCGGAUCUACUUAAAUCUCAACAGCAGCAUCAGCAAAGUCCUCAACAGCAUCAACAGCAUAACAGUGAUAGUGCACGUAGUGGUACAGUGCACAGUGGUGGAGAGGAGAGUGGUGAUGGAAAUAACGUUGUGAAUAACGCGAAUCACAGUGACCGUGAUACCGUGAUGCCCGGCGAUGCUGAGGAUAGCGCCGAGGACGCAGCCGCAGCCGCACGUGCCAUGGAAGAGGCGUUCGCCGAAGCUGGUAUGGAGCCUGGGGCGAAUCUCGAUGGUUCUGACUCUGAACAGAGCUUGCCGCCUAGUCCCACGCAACCAAGGUCAGGGUCCGUUUCCGUCAAGGAGGAGAUGCAGGACUCGAUGAACAUCAAACGUAGCCCUAGUCACUCUCCUUGCCCGAUCGUGCCCAAAACGGAGAUCAGUUCGCCGACAACCGAAACUAAACGCGCCCGUGUCGAAAAUAUCGUAAGCACGAUGCGCAGCAGUCCGGCCCUUCAGACUGGCACGGUAAACGGUUGCAAAAAACGCAAACUUUACCAACCCCAGCAACAAACGGUGCAUCACGUUCUCCAGCACAGUAUCAACGACGCUAUGCUGGACGACGAGGAGGAGUUGGAGGAGGAGGAGGAUCCUUCGCCGAUCAGGCAAAAACGCGAGGAAAAGGAUAACCUUCAGACUCAAUUGAAGAAUCUCCACGAACAAUUAGCUGAGAUGCAGCAAAAGUACAAUGAGCUUACGAGUAGGAUCGAUUCGGACACGAGCGAAAGCAUCGGUGCGCCCCUAAGUCCUCAGCCACCGCUCAAACCACCGCGACCUCAUCCAUCACCGUAUAACGGUCUCGCGGCCCUCCCAACCGAACACCCACACGCCGCGGCAGCCGCUAUGUACCACAUGAGACACAAACUCUACCUCGAACAGCAAGCUCUGGAGAGAAUGAAGCAGCAUCAAGAGGCUGCUGUCAGGCAACAACAACAACAACAGCAGCAGCAGCAGCAGCAGCAGCAGCAGCAACAACAUCAACGACAAACUUCUCCGCCACCCCCACCGAGUCAAACGCAGCAACAAAGUCAAAGCAAUACCGGCCCGUCCACGCCGCAAACGCCACAAAUGCAGCCAGCGAGUACACCUCUUCAGCAUAAAGACUUCCAAGAGAGAAUGAAUGUAUUUAGAGGUGCCGCGGCAGCAGCUGGCUCGACGGGUUCCCAUAUCACCGACGAGGACCUACAAAGUCUGUCGGAUACGCUGAAAGCCGAAAUCACCAUGUACUUGUCGAAUCUGAUAGACAAGGUAGUGACAAGGAUCGGGCAACAGUGGAGGUUUCUUGGGAAACAAGGCGAAGCGGCGCAAGUUGCGGCGGAGCAAUUAAACAAAGAUCUCCUUUUGGCCAAUCAGAUACUCGAAAGAAAAUCACCUAGGACGAAAGUAGUAGAUAGAGGAGCACCACAACCACCCGGUGGCCCAAACGGGCCACGGGGGCCCCACAACGGCGGGCCCCCUCCACCACAGUCUACGGGUUUCCCACAAAUCGUUUCCAUGAGAGGUAGGACCCAUGGUCCUCAUUCUGGCCCCACGGAAAACAACCUUAAUCAAAUAAACCAGCUACCCCCACACGUGGGGCAAGUUAGUGGACUAUUUCAGACACCAAAGCCACCGGUGAUGUACAGUAUGGGUCCUAUGCAGGCGCAACAGCAGCAGCAACAACAGCAACAUCAACAGCAACUCGAACACCAGCAAAGAGAACAGCAGCAACGUGACCAAUAUUGUAAUUUGAGAGUCGAGAAGAGAGAAAGCAGGGACUCGGAACAGGACGAGGCCCUUUCGCUCGUCAUGACACCGAAAAAGAAACGUCAUAAGUAUUUCCCUUCGCAGGUGACGGAUACGAGGAUCACGCCAAGAACGGUGUCGAGAAUUUUGGCGCAAGAAGGUAGCUGCUCCCAAGGAGGCAGCGAGAGUCCACCACCACCACCUCCACCGAGAACGUAUCACGCGCCACCACCGAUGCUGCCAGUGUCUCUGCCAACCAGUGUAGCGAUACCAAACCCAAGUCUCCACGAGAGUCAAGUGUUCUCGCCAUACUCACCGUUCUUCAACCGUCACGCGGGUCAUGCAGGUCAGGUGCCACCCCCAGGGGCACACCACCUACCUGCGAGUCCUCCGAGUGCAGGUGUAGAAGUAAGGGAUUCCCCUCCACUGCCCCAUCCGCCAUCUAUAUUGCAUCCUGCCUUAUUGGCGGCUGCCCAACAUGGCAGUCCGGACUAUGGACAUCUCAGGAUGGACAGCAACGAUCGGCCCAACGACUGCAACCCCGACGACCUCAGCUACGACGGGAUUCAGCCUACAUCGUCAAUGCUGACACCGAUACAUCUGAGGAAGGCGAAGGUGAUGUUCUUCUGGGUCAGGUACCCGUCCUCGUCCAUUCUCAAGAUGUACUUCCCCGACAUCAGGUUCAAUAAAAACAACACAGCGCAGCUGGUCAAGUGGUUCUCCAACUUCCGGGAGUUCUACUACAUCCAAAUGGAGAAAUACGCGAGGCAAGCUGUUUCGGAAGGUACGAAGAACGUUGAUGAUCUUCGAGUUGGAGGUGACUCGGAAAUCUAUCGAGUUCUCAAUCUUCAUUACAACAGAAAUAACAACAUUGAGGUGCCGAGUAACUUCAGGUACGUCGUCGAGCAAACGUUGAAAGAGUUCUUCAAGGCGAUUCAGGGCGGUAAGGACACCGAGCAAAGUUGGAAAAAGUCCAUCUACAAAGUAAUCUCGAGGCUGGACGAUCCACUGCCGGAGUACUUCAAGACCCCGAACUUCCUGCAGCAGCUCGGUUAAAUCAGGAGGUCGCGUGGCUCUUGCUCUUCGUGGUUGCGUGGGCUCAUCAACGCUCGUCGGCUCCCGGCAUAACUAAGAAACCAAGAAGAUAGCGAAAGAAGGAACGGUCAGCGAGGAAGGAUCGCAUCCGCCAAGGAGGUACACGUCCUUCGCGUAAAGCGCGUUCAGGUAUCCUUAAACUAACAUAUCGCAGAACGAGCGUGUGUGAGAAAGAGAGAGAGAAAGUGUGGAGGUAGGGAGUGAGAUUAGAGAAUGAGAGAGAGAGAGAGAGAGAGAGAGAACUGAGAGAGUUAGGGGAGAUUAUACGUGAAAAAG